AUGACGUUUCUUUCACUUUGGAAGUAUAUUGUGAACAGUGACCAUAUUCAUCCAAGAGUGGUUCAACGAUGGCAAGUUGCGCUGGUUGCGUGGGAGGUUGUUCAUUUGAGUAAGAAGACACGCAGAGAGUUUGACGACGUCUACAGGUUGUUAAAUGAAAAGCAAGACAAGGAGAAGCCAGUGAAGAAAUAA